CGCUUAAAACUGCUCAAACUCCCCAACUUCGUCUUUCCUUUCUUCUACAGGCAUACCUUUUCCCCCUGACGAUCUCUGCAAAUUGACGAACGAACAAACACAGCAGUGAUAGUUGCCACCCACCACUCCGCAACCAUGAAAACCCGCAAACCUGUUGCUCCCCAACCCCACAAACUCACACUUCUCUUCGCCACAAGCCAAGUUCUAGGUCAAUCCUCUGCAUUCUUCUCCUCACUCUCCCUCGCAAAACCCUCCCAGGACGCCCUCAAUCCCUCUCCAACCUCUAAAUCAGCCGAAACACUACCCAUCCCCACUGGCUCCUUGGGCGAGUCGAUCUUGUCUUCUCAGUGGCAUUUCAUCAAACACCUUUCGUCUAAUCUCUCCCCCACGUUGAUAUCAACCGUUCUCUAUGACCUCCGCUCGAGCCCGGACAUCGUUUCCGAAUUCGUCGACCAAUUCGAACCUAGUUAUCUCAACAUUCAGUGCCACUGCCUCGCGAUCGCCGUCAUCUCUCGCCUGCCGUCGCCGAAGCUUGCUUUGCAACUUAUAAAGAAAGUUGUUAGUUCCGGCGUUGCGAAGAAUAGGGAGAUUUUUGAUGGUUUGGUUAGUGCCCGUGAGAGAUUGGGUACGUCAAGUACGAUUGUGUUUGAUUUGUUGAUUAAUGCAUUUUGUGAAAUGAAGAGAGCCGAUGAGGCAUUUCAGUGCUUUUAUAUGAUGAAAGACAAGGGUGUAUCUCCUAAGAUUGAAACUUGUAAUAAUAUGUUGAGUCUGUUUCUGAAGUUGAACCGCACGGAAACAGCUUGGGUUUUUUAUGCUGAGAUGUUCAGAUUGAGGAUUAAUUCAACCGUGUAUACGUUCAAUAUAAUGAUUAAUGUUUUGUGUAAAGAAGGGAAGUUGAAGAAGGCUAAGGAAUUCAUUGGGUACAUGGAGGGUUUGGGAUUUAGUCCUAAUGUUGUUACGUAUAAUACGAUCAUCCACGGGUAUUGCUCGAGGGGAAAUAUUAAAGGGGGUUGCCAGCUUUUUGAGGCGAUGAAAGCUAAAGGGAUUGACCCAGAUUCAUACACAUUUGGUUCUAUUAUUAGUGGAAUGUGUAAGGAGGGAAGGAUUGAGGAGGCAGCUGGACUUCUUGGGAAAAUGGAGGAAAAUGGGCUUAUACCAACGGCUGUGACUUAUAAUGCUUUGAUUGAUGGAUGCUGCAAUAGAGGGGACUUUGAAAAGGCGUUUAGUUAUAGGGAUGAGAUGGUUAGGGGAGGCAUAAAGCUAACUGUAACAACAUACAAUUUGUUGAUUCAUGCAUUGAUUUUGGAAGGUAGGGUGGUUGAAGCUGAUGAUGUGACUAAAGAAAUGGAGGUUAAGGGGAUGGUUCCUGAUGCCAUCACAUAUAACAUAUUGAUCAAUGGAUAUUGCAGGGCUGGUAAUGCAAAGAAAGCUUUUGGUCUUCAUGAUGAGAUGCUAAGUAAAGGGAUUCAGCCUACACGGGUCACUUACACAUCUCUUAUUUAUGUCCUGAGCAGGCGCAAGAGAAUGAAGGAAGCAGAUGACUUAUUUUUGAAGAUAAUACACAAAGGUAUUUUGCCAGAUGUUAUAAUGUUCAAUGCUUUGAUUGAUGGGCACUGUGCCAAUGGGAAUAUGGACCGUGCCCUUUUCCUUUUGAAGGAAAUGGAUCAGCUGAAGGUUUCUCCAGAUGAAGUGACCUACAAUACUUUAAUGCAUGGUCAUUGCCGGGAAGGUAGAGUCAAAGAAGCUCGUGAACUUCUUGAUGAAAUGAAGAGAAGGGGGAUUAGACCUGAUCACAUCAGUUACAAUACUCUCAUUAGUGGGUAUAGUAAGAAAGGUGAUGUGAAGGAUGCUUUUAGAGUUCGGGAUGAGAUGUUAAGUAUAGGUUUCAAUCCCACCCUUCUCACUUAUAAUGCCCUUAUACAAGGCUUAUGCAAAAACCAAGAGGGAGAACAUGCAGAAGAACUCCUAAGAGAAAUGGUUAGCAAAGGUAUUACCCCUGAUGACAGCACCUAUUUUUCUUUGAUUGAAGUGAUGGGCAAAAAUUGAUAAUUUCAUGCAGCAAGGUAUCUGCAAUCAAGUUUCUGUGCCAGUUAUUCAACUUUCAGCCGACAGAUGUUCUGGAAAAGUCAUGGUCUGGAAGAUCUUGUCAUUUCUUAUGGUGAAAACAAGUGAAACAUAGUUAGUUGUUCAGAUUCUAUGCCACUGGAAAAUUUGUUGAAGUACAUAUAGAAACUAAAUGAUAAAGCUUUUAUGGUGCAGUUUAAACCUGCCUAUAUAAUAUAUUCACAGACUACUAUGUAUUUUUAUUCAUUAUUAGUAGCCUGGAGUUAGCAGUGUAUUUAUAUCUGAUUGGUACUUCAAAGAUGUUCAAAUUUGAACACUGUGCAAGGCUUGCAGUAAGAAAGAGAAUCAUUGAAAAUGUUUUUGCGAA